AUGACUGGCAGCGAAAAAGUCGAAGUUGGCGAGUUUCGCCAGGAGGACGUUAGCCUCCGCGCCACCCAGGAUGUCGAGGCCAUCGAGGCACCCGUCACCUGGAAGGCCUAUCUUCUCUGCGCAUUCGCCUCUUUUGGUGGCAUCUUCUUCGGUUACGAUUCCGGUUACAUCAACGGUGUUACCGCUUCGCCCAUCUUCUACAAGGCCGUCGAGGGCGCUGCUGCUGAGAAGCUCAGCGAUCCCAACUCUUCUCUCAUCGUCUCGAUUCUGUCUUGCGGUACCUUUUUUGGUGCUCUGAUUGCCGGCGACAUGGCCGACUGGAUUGGCCGCAAGUGGACUGUUAUUCUCGGCUGCCUCAUCUACGCCAUUGGUGUUGCUGUGCAGAUGAUUACCAGCCCCUCCCACGCGCUUGGCCCCAUCGUCGCUGGCCGUCUUGUCGCCGGACUCGGUGUCGGCUUCGAAUCCGCCAUUGUCAUUCUUUACAUGUCCGAAAUUUGCCCCCGCAAGGUUCGUGGUGCUCUGGUCUCUGGCUACCAGUUCUGUAUCACCAUUGGCCUCAUGCUGGCUUCCAUCGUCGUCAAUUAUACUUCUCACAUCGAAAACACCAGCUCUUACCGCAUUCCCAUUGGUAUCCAGUUUCCUUGGGCUUUCAUUCUUGGCGGUGGCCUCCUGUUCCUUCCCGAGUCGCCCAGAUACUACAUCAAGAAGGGCAUGGUUCAGAAGGCUGUUGCCUCCAUCUCCAGACUCCGCGGCCAGCCUGAGAGCUCCGAGUACGUCCAGAGCGAGGUCGCCGAGAUUGUUGCCAACGAAGAGUACGAGCGUGCCCUGAUUCCCUCGACUACUUGGUUCGGUAGCUGGGCCAACUGCUUCAAGGGUAGUCUUUGGGUUUCCAAGUCCAACUUGCGCCGCACCAUCCUCGGUACUUCACUUCAGAUGAUGCAGCAGUGGACCGGCGUCAACUUUAUCUUCUAUUUCUCGGCCGCUUUCCUCAAGUCGACUGGUGCCGUCAAGGAUGUCUUUCUGACUUCCAUGAUCUUCACCAUUAUCAAUGUUCUCUCUACUCCUCUGUCUUUCUGGACUGUGGAACGCUUUGGCCGUCGCUCGAUUCUUCUCGUCGGUGCCGCCGGUAUGCUGGUCUGCCAGUUUCUCUGCGCCAUUGUUGGUGUCACUGCUGGUUUCGACCGUGUUCAUCCUACUCCUACCGCCGAAGAUCCUGCGGCCACCACUCCCAACAACUUGUCUGCCGUCAACGCUCAGAUUGCUUUCAUCUCCAUCUUCAUCUUCUUCUUUGCUUCCACUUGGGGUCCCGGUGCCUGGGUGGUCAUUGGUGAAAUCUUCCCUCUGCCCAUCCGUUCCCGCGGUGUCGGCCUUUCCACUGCCUCCAACUGGCUCUGGAACACCAUCAUCGCCGUAAUCACCCCUUACAUGGUUGGUUCUGACAAGGGCAACCUCAAGUCCAAGGUCUUCUUCAUUUGGGGUGGUCUUUGCUCUUGCGCUCUGGUCUACACAUACUUCCUCGUUCCCGAGACCAAGGGAUUGUCUUUGGAGCAGGUUGACAAGAUGAUGGAAGAGUCCACUCCUCGCACUUCUGCCAAGUGGAAGCCCCAUAGCACCUUUGCCGCUAACCAGAGCACUGGUGGCCACCUCGACAAGCAUGUUAUCGAAGAUGUUGAGCGACGCGGCUCCGCUGUCUAA